GCACAGAGGGUCUUUUACUGGGAUGUCCGCUGUAACCGGAUUGGGGGAGUGCAGGAAAAACCCCAGCCCUCCCCACAGAGCCUCAGCAGUGACAGCUGCUUCCCGGAUGAGGAGGGCGGCCCUAAAGCCAGCAGGGAAGCCAGCCCCACAGCCACGGCCCCUCCAGCCUCCGCACAGCUCCCCACAGCCUGGACCUGCCGGUCCUCCCUCCAGGACCUAGGGGCUCCCAAGGGAAAUUCAGGUGACUCCCUCUGGCCUCUACCUUGAAGACACAAGGCUCUCGAGGUCUGCUUUCCCUUCCAACCCUGCCUUCAUCCUUGUGUGCUGGUCCCAAUGUCAGUGAAACCCAGCUGGGGGCCUGGCCCCUGGGAGGGGGUCACCGCAGUGCCUGCCAGUGACCUUGGAGAGAUCCACAACUGGACUGAGCUGCUCGACCUCUUCAACCACACUUUGUCUGAGUGCCACGUGGAGCUCAGCGAGAGCACCAAGCGUGCGGUCCUCUUUGUCCUCUACCUGGCCAUGUUUGUGGUUGGGCUGGUGGAGAACCUCCUGGUGAUAUGCGUCAACUGGCACAGUUCAGGCCGGGCGGGGCUGCUGAACCUCUACAUCCUCAACAUGGCCAUAGCGGACCUGGGCGUCGUCCUGUCUCUGCCCGUGUGGAUGCUGGAGGUCAUGCUGGACUACACCUGGCUCUGGGGCAGCUUCUUCUGUCGCUUCACUCACUACUUCUACUUCGCCAACAUGUAUAGCAGCAUCUUCUUCCUGGUGUGCCUCAGCAUCGAUCGCUACGCCACCCUCACCAGCGCCUCCCCCUCCUGGCAGCGUCACCAGCACCAGGUGCGGAGGGCCGUGUGUGCCGGCGUCUGGGUCCUCUCUGCCAUCAUCCCGCUGCCUGAGGUGGUCCACAUCCAGUUGGUAGAGGGCCCCGAGCCCGUGUGCCUCUUUGUGGCACCUUUUGAAACGUAUAGCACCUGGGCCCUGGCGGUGACCCUGUCUACCACCAUCCUGGGUUUCCUGCUGCCCCUCCCUCUCAUUGCAGUCUUCAAUGUGCUGAUGGCCUGCCGGCUGCGGCAGCCAGGACAGCCUGAGAGCCGGCGCCACUGCCUGCUGAUGUGUGCCUACGUGGCCGUCUUUGUUAUUUGCUGGCUGCCCUACCAUGUGACCCUGCUGCUGCUCACACUGCAUUGGACCCACAUCUCCCUCCACUGCCACCUGGUCCACCUGCUCUACUUCUUCUAUGAGGUCAUCGACUGCUUCUCCAUGCUGCACUGUGUCAUCAACCCCAUCCUUUACAACUUUCUUAGCCCGCGCUUCCGGGACCGGCUCCUGAACACCAUAGUCCAUUACCUGCCUAAGGACCCGGCCAGGGCAGGCACACCGGCCUCCUCUUCCACCCAGCAUUCCAUUGUCAUCACCAAGGUGGACAGCCAGCCCGCUGCAGUAGGCUGUCUGUCUGAGCCAAGCCUGAGCUUUCAGGCACCCCCUUUGCUUCCAAAUACUUCCCCCAUCACUCCCCCUCAACCUCUUACAUCCAGCUGAAGUAGAGGCCAGGCUCUUCCAACAGUGAAGGAAAUGGCACAGGUGAGAGUGUAGGUGGGAGAUUUGGGGGGGGAUGCAGCGGGAGAGUCAGAGGAUUCAUGUUCAAUUUUGAGCCUAUCUUAAAAUACUGAGGUGGGGAGAGGGAGACGGGAUGGGGAGGGAUAGAGCAGGCCCUCAGUGUUGUACUAUUUGUCUCCGUCCUUGUGUCUAAGGGAGACAUGCAGGAAAAAAAGGUGAAAUAAAUGGGAGAGACAGCCAUGGACUCUGGAUCUUUUAAAAAUCUGUACUUCCAGCUGGGAUUGGGAAGGGAGCCGAGGCUAAAGAGGUGCUCGGCAGAGGAAACUAGACACAUUCAUUUCAUAAAUCACUCUGGCCGGAAAAAGUGAGCUCCGCAGGAACCUCACAAAUCUCCUUUUGUAUUUGUAGGCUUGUUGAUUUUCUAGUUCACUAUGCAGGUUAUGGGGACAAGAGGCCAGAGGCCAAGGAACCAGGCGGCUCCAGCAGGACGUUCCCUAGCUGUGCAUCCUAUGCACAACUAUGAUAAGUGAAGGGGAUGGGGACGGCAGGGGUGGGGCGAAGCCAAGGUCUGAGACCUGCACCCUGCAACUGGGUCAGCAGGAUAGUAUCUCCACCCACCGCCAUCCAGGAAACACAGCUUCAUUUCCUUGCUGACACCCUCCCCUCCCUGUUGUCCAUCCUGCUCCCUUCCCACAAGCAGAGGAGCUGUCCCAGAGCCAGCUGCUCAGAGCUGACCUCCUCCUGGCUUCAGGUCUAGGACACUUCCAGACUUCUGGGGAGACACAGAGCUACCAGAAAGCCUAACCCACCCCAUCUCUUUCUUUCCAGAUAAUAGGAAAGUAUCAAGGGAUGUCAUUCUGGGAGCAGCCCUUGGGACGGCCAGCAGCAGGUGCUGACAGAUGCUCUGUCCUUCACCCUCUGUCCCUGGCACAGAUGGGUAAGGCCACAUCUCAUUCCGUCACAGGGCAGAGUGCUGACGCUGUUAUAAGUCAGUUUUCCCUGGCCACAUCUUUUCAUAAUUUUCCUGUCCCACAACUUAUGUUCCUUCACAUUUGUUCUAUGGAUGAAACAAGUCCUCUGUUAACAAGUAGGCCUUCUGGAAAAGGAUCACUUACAUUUGGGAGACCGGGACCCUGUCCAUGAAGAACUCUGAGGUGAAGGCCUAAGAACGGGAUCUAGUUUCCACCCUCCAAGUCCACGUCCUUUGCCUCUUAAUCCUGCCUGUGGUGAAGGGACUGGAUGGAAUCACUGAUAGCCUCUUCACCAUCUCCUCUGUCCUGCUCAAGCGCUUGAUGUGUCCGGAAUAUUUAACUUGGAGUAACUACUCACUGACCCCGAGACCACCUGUUCUGCUUUGAUAAAUCAGAACCUGUUGUGCGGAUGCACUGACCGUGUGCUCCAAUUGCAUACACACCCCGGUUUACCAGGAGCAUGGACGGAAACCUGCAUCUAUCAUCCAUCCCCCUCCUCACUGGGCCCAAACCUGAAAGGGUCUUACACUGCAGACAGCUGCUCAGUAGCACAGAGCUGAAGGCUUUUUGAACCAGGAGUCUGGCUUGUGGGUUGGGUCACAGUAAGGGCUUAACCUACCAACACAGAAUUCACAUUGAAAAGACUUUCUUCCCUUGUCCCAACAUAAAAAAGCAAGCCAAGAUCUGAUGCACAUAUCACUGCAUCCUCUGACUUGGGCUACAGGAGUUUCCCAAGGGAAACCAAAUUUUGUAUCUAUCACAUUCCAGGUCACCUCAGAGGCCACUCCCCCAAGAUUAGUUAUCACCCUGGCAGUAUGAAUACUUCCCUAAGGCCUCCCAUCCAUGGAGGGGAAGAGUGGGAACCAGCUGUUAUGCUCAGCAUCGAUGGGUGCCCCACCUGGGCCAUGUGCUCUGGGACCAAAUGGACAUCACUCCCUGACUUCUUGAGGUCUGUCUCCUCUGUGGAAAUACCUGUGUAUCAACCUCAUUAAACUACGCCAAACUUU